AAUUAGAUAACUACUAGUUACUUGUAAAGGAAAUUUACACACACAUUAUACACACAAUAGUAAGAAAAAAAUGGAUUCAUCACGUAUACAACAAGAUGCUGCUGGAGUAUGGGUAGGUAUGGAGAGUGGAGGAAUGAAGGGGACUAGCAAUAAGGAGGCCCGGCCCGGUCGGACGGCCCAUACCAUGUCUUCUUCUUCCCUUCGAAAGAAAUCUGAACUUCAACUAAUUUCGAAGGUUCGAAUUGGGUGGUUAAGAAACAUUCUCAAUAAUCUACAAGAAGUUAUAUUGGGGACUAAGCUUUCUCUUCUUUUUCCUGCCAUUCCUUUAGCUAUUGCAGCUCAUGUCUAUAGUUUUGGAAGAGAAUGGAUUUUUGCUUUGAGCUUACUUGCACUUGCCCCUCUUGCGGAGCGCGUGAGCUUUUUGACUGAACAAAUUGCGUGUUACACUGGUCCAACAGUGGGAGGACUUCUGAAUGCAACAUGUGGAAAUGCAACGGAACUUAUAAUAGCAAUUCUGGCUUUGAGCCAAAAUAAAAUAGAUGUGGUGAAGUACUCACUUCUUGGUUCUAUUCUCUCCAACCUUCUCUUGGUUCUUGGAACUUCUCUUUUAUGUGGUGGCCUUGCCAACCUCAACAAGGAGCAAAAGUUUGAUAGGAAGCAAGCGGAUGUAAACAGCUUUCUUUUGUUACUGGGAUUAUUCUGCCACAUUUUGCCAUUGCUCUUCAAGUUUAGUGCUACAUCUGCUCAAACUGUAGCCCAAUCAACACUCAAUUUAUCCAGAGUAUGCAGCAUUGUCAUGCUUGUGGCUUACAUUGCUUACCUAAUCUUCCAAUUAUGGACUCAUAGGCAAUUCUUUGAGGCUCAAGAGGAUUCUGAUGAUGAUGAUACACCAGAAGAAGUUCCUGUUAUUGGUUUUUGGAGUGGAUUUGCAUGGUUAACUAUAAUGACUGCUAUUAUAGCAUUAUUAUCUGAGUAUGUUGUUGGUACAAUUGAGGCAGCUUCUGAUUCAUGGGGUGUAUCAGUGAGCUUCAUCAGCAUAAUUCUGCUUCCAAUUGUAGGAAAUGCAGCUGAACAUGCUGGAGCUGUCAUUUUUGCUUUCAAAAACAAAUUGGAUAUUUCCUUGGGUGUUGCUCUUGGAUCUGCUACUCAGAUUUCCAUGUUUGUGGUACCGUUGUGUGUAAUAGUAGCAUGGAUAAUGGGUAUCAAGAUGGAUCUUGAUUUUAAUAUGAUCGAAACCGUUUGUCUUGCUCUUUCAAUAAUCGUCACUGCCUUCACUUUACAGGAUGGAACUUCUCAUUACAUGAAAGGAUUAGUUCUAUUGCUAUGCUACUUUGUUAUUGGGGCUUGUUUUCUUGUCCUCCGAACUCCUCUAAAUCAACCACCAAAUAUCUUGAACGUGGCAAAUACUUCUGUGAACAACCAAAUCUUGAGACUUAAACAUUGAGAGGCUUGUUUCAUACCGGCGCCAAGGAAACAAAUGUAAAUUUUCAUAAGGCAACGAAAGAAAAGGAAUUUGUUGAUUCGUUCAUCCAAAGCGUAAAGAAUUUACUGAAGUUCGUCUGAAAUUUGGUGCCAAAUAAAGCAAGAGUUUUCUACAAAACUACAUCAAUGAGGUGGUCGAGAUACGCAUAUAUAAUAAACAUAUGCUUAGUCCUAUGAUAAUCAUAUUUCAAGUAGUUCAUAAUCUCCAUAGUCGCGACAAUAUAAUUGUUUUAAGUGGGGAGAUAAUUAAUUAUGAUGAAAGAUGCUAUUUUAUUUCUUUUUGUAUGGUUUUAUCUGAAUAAUAAAGAAAAUUUCAUUUUUAUCUGUUCAA